GGCCCUAAAGCCCAACAUAACAUUAACAAGUAAUACGUUUUAAUAUGACAUUAAAAAAAAAAAGUGCAUGGAGUAUUUACUGAAUGUCUUGUUCUACGGAUGCCUUAUAAUAUAAACACAAACAAAUAUAUAACUUCCAUACAUAUCAUGAACCUAAGACAACAAUAUAAAACAAAAAUAGCAUAUUUGACAGUGUGAGUCUCUCAAGAGAUUUUACGUCGGUUGGGAGUCGGUUUGCGGGCGGCGCAGUUUAAAGUAUGGAGGUUGCUAUAGUAACCAGGAAGCCACGGCAAGCUUGUUGAAGCUCUGGACAACAAACAGCUCUGCUGCGAUACUGUUCAACUAACCCGUUCUUCGGGCAGUCACGGAGCGUUCGGGAUGUCGAAUGACCUGGUCGGAGUGUGGGAAGUAGCCCUGAGCGAUGGAGUCCAUCGCAUUGAGUUUGAACAUGGCACCACCACGGGGAAGAGGGUCAUCUGCAUUGAUGGAAAGGAAAUCCUGCGGAGAGACUGGAUGUUCAAGCUGGUGGGGAAGGAGACAUUCUGUGUGGGCGGCUCGGACACCAAAGCGACCAUCAACAUCGAUGCCGUGAGCGGCUUCGCCUACGAGUACACCUUGGAGAUCAACGGCAAGAGCCUGAAGAAGUACAUGGAGAACCGCUCGAAGGUCACCAGCACCUGGGUGCUCAACCUGGACGGCACAGACUGUAGAGUUGUCCUGGAAAAAGACACCAUGGAUAUUUGGUGUAACGGACAGAAGAUGGAGACCGCGGGGGAGUUUGUGGAAGACGGAACAGAGACCCACUUCACACUGGGAAACCACGACUGCUGCAUCAAGGCAGUGAGCAGCGGCAAGAGGCGGGAUGGCAUCAUCCACACACUGCUGGUGGACACCACGGAGAUCCCAGAGUGCAUGGAGUAGCUCCUCCAACGUGUGUGUGUGUGUGUGUGUGUGUGUGUGUGUGUGUGUGUGUGUGUGUGUGUGUGUGUGUGUGUGUGUGUGUGUGUGUGUGUGUGUGUGUGUGUGUGUGUGUGUGUGUGUGUGUGUGUGAUCUAGAUGUGUAUUUAUGUAACUUAAUGUAAGGGUGAACAUUUCUAAGACAUUGGGAGUCAGCCUUUAAGGGAUCAAAAUAGUCUUUUGCUGUGGUAGCUUUUACUGCGAAGUGAAUACCAACAUACGGUUGGACACCUUAUUUAUAAUUCCACAGUUGAGGAAAUAAAGGGGGGCAGACAGUUUUCCAUAAGUUAGGUCUUAUCAUAUUAUUGUUCUCAGUCCAUAUGAAAAUACGGCAUACGUACAUAACCCAUUUCUUUCCGGUCAUGCAAGGAGAACAACUUCAUUAUCCGGCCAGACGGUCACAUUGUACUGUUGUGGUUUUCAAUAUGGAUGGAGCUGGCUCGUACUGCAAUAAUGUACCAGUCCAUGAUUUUGUCUAUCCUGCUGUAUGUUUGUCACUGCAAAUGUGUCAAACAUUACAGCAUACGCUCUUGAAAAAUGUAUUUUCAAAGUGUCACCCCUCAGAUAGAUUGACUGCUGACUUGAGGACGACAGGAACGUCCUCGUGUUUUUAUUAGGAGUUGGUAGACAUAGGAGAAAUAUAAUGUCAAUAGAGAAUAUAUAUAUAUAUAUAUAUAUAUAUAUAUAUAUAUAUAUAUAUAUAUAUAUAUAUAUAUAUAUAUAUAUAUAUAUAUGUAUCCUUCAAUUUAAGUCUUAUUUAUUGAAAAAAAUGUCUCAUGUUUAUAUACAAUCUGUAAAUAUUUAUCUUUGUGUUUAAUGUGGUUACUUAUUUUUAAAGCCUAUAUUGAGUACAAUCUUUCAGAUGUUUUAUUAAAAUUGAUACACCAUUACUCGAGUAGGAUUCUCUUGCUUCAUUUAGUUAAAUCAUCGCAUGGUCUAGGCAGCCAUCUUUAAUUUGACGGGGGAUGUGGUACUUUCACUCGGCCCAAAAUCCUAUAUUGAACUCUUCUAAGUCUUAAAGCAAUUUAAGACUGGAUAAGAUGUGUUUGUGUUUGUGUGGUUGAUGGCUGAUAUAAGCAGCCUCACCUGGCCCGAGUCAGGUGGUUUGGACUUGGACUGGGCGAGGCUGCACACCUGCAGUCAUCUAUCAGGGCACAAAGGUUAAACCAGCCAUCACCAUACACUCAAGGGAGAGCUCUGGCAUGGCAGUAUUCAACCCCUGAUCUGCAUGCAACAAACCUUCCAACUAUACAAUAACCGGCUUUCUGAAAACUCUAACUGUGUCAGGGUUUUGGAGGAACCCAGUAAAGCUACCUAGG